AUGACACAGGCACUACGGAAGCAUCCCAAGGAGGUCAAAUCUGAGGAAGACAUGAAGAAAAAGUGGGUUUUCGUACAGAGGAAGCUGCAGCCAGAUGUUGUACAGAACCUAAUAAGUGGAUUCAAGCGUAAGCCAGCUGCAAAAGGAAAGCGCAGCAAGAAGAGGAAGAAGAAUCGGAGCCAGUACGGUUGCACGGUUUCUCGCGACGAUGCCACUGCGACAAACGGCAGUGAUGUUGCCGACACAAGCACGGCAAAAGUAAAACUACCUCCGUUGGUAGUGAAAAAUGCCCAUCUUAACGAUCUCAUCGCAGAUCUGGCGUCGCUGGGCGUUAAAGCCGAAUUCAAGUUGGGCAGAGUCGGCACCAAGGUUUUGCUCCGUACGAAAGCGGAGUGUGACUUGGUCGUUGCCCACCUGAGGACUACCAAGGUGGAGUUUUUCACCCACGACAUUCCCGGCGAGAAACCAUUCAAGGUCGUCAUCAGGGGUCUACCGAAUUUUGACCCGAAGUUGAUUGAAGCGGAAAUCAAGAACCGCUACAAGCUGGCCCCAACUACCGUCUUCCGAAUGACAAGGAGGGACGAGAACGUCAAGAGGUAUCUGGAUUGUCUUUUCCUGGUGCAUUUCCAGAAGGGAACGGUGACGCUCAAUGCGUUGAAGGCUAUCCGCUCCAUCAAUUCCAUCAUUGUCCGAUGGGAGCCAUACCGUGGCGGCCGUCACGACGUCACCUAG